AUGGGCAACCUCCCCAGCUGCGGGCGGCCGUGGAACUGUCCUUCACCUUUUAAAAGAAAGAAAGAAAAGCAAGGAGCUAAUGUGAGAUAUGAGAGCCAACAGCAUCAGCCUGGCAGGCAGGCUCCAACGUACGAAGAUGUCCCGGAGUUCCCUGUCUAUGCCACAGUGAGCAAGGGCCAGACCGUGCAGCAGGACGACAGCAUUCACUAUGCAGACAUCCAGGUGUUCAGCAAGGCCAGGGAGCGCUCUGCAGCAGAGGUGAAGAACUUACAGAUGCAGAAUGCCACAGAGUAUGCCACCCUCAACUUCCCCCGGCCCAGGCUGAAGUACGACAGCAAGAACGGGACCCUGGUGUAA